GCGAGUAAUCUCCAAACAAUCUUGAGGGUAAUUUAGUCAUUAAGUCAACUAUAAUUGCCUGCCGUUAACCCAACCAUCACUCUCCCCCUAUAAAUUCCAGCUCUCCAACGAAGCAAAGCGCUAAAGUUAAACUCUCAACGCUCACUUAACGGCACUUAACAAUGAUGACUAUCCCUUUCUUUCUUCUAACUUUCAUCCUUUUCUUCUCCGCCGCCGCGGCCGCGGCCGCCUCCGCAUCAAAGCACGGUUCAUCUCAAGAUCUGAUCCGUUCAUCAUGUAUUCACGCUAGCUAUCCAAGCCUCUGCCUUCGCACCCUCUCUUCCUACUCUGGCCCUGCCAACACCCCAUGUGAGUUAGCCCAAGCUGCCGUCAAAGUCAGCCUCUCCUGUGCACAGAAGGUGUCAAACUAUCUGACAACAAGUGUGACGGGGAAGAGCAAGAGGGAACGAGUUGCACUGAAUGACUGCGUGGAGCAGAUAUCGGAGUCGGUGGACGAGUUGAGCAAGACAUUAGGAGAGUUGAAGCACUUGAGGGGGGAAACGUUCGAGUUUCAGAUGAGUAAUGCGCAGACAUGGGUGAGCGCGGCUCUGACGAAUGAGGACACGUGCCUUGAUGGGUUUGAAGGAGUUGAUGGGAAGGUGAAAUCUGAUGUGAAAAGGAAGAUCACAACUGUAGCUAAGGUAACCAGUAAUGCUUUGUAUAUGAUUAAUAGGCUUGAUGAAAGUCGUGGUAGGCAUCGGUUGAAUCCUUGAUGAUGAUGAAUGAUGGACGGUUGUGAUUUAGCUGGCUUAUCAUGUUUGAUUUUUUUUUUUUAACUUUCGGUUGUAAG